UUCUCAUACUCUGCGUACCCGCACUCUGUGCGUGUCUGGUACGGUGAUCGGGACGAGCGUAUCGCAGAGAACGCCGUGCGGUGGAUGGGGAGCACCAUGGGCCGCGAUAAGUGCCAGGUCCAGGUCGUGAAGGGCGCGGACCACGCUCUCAUGUUCAAAAGCGCGGUUGUCAUAGAAGUUUUGGAGUACAUCGCUGAGUGCUGGCGA